UUUUUUGUUAAUAGUAUGAAAAGUGGUUUAACUAAUCAAAAACGUGUAUAGUUUGACCUCGAAUCGCCAUUUCCUAUCUUUUUCAGCGUAGACUGGUGUUCAAUUGAGGGUAGCUCGUCUUCUUUGCAGUUCAAUUGUUCAAAAUUCAAUCACGCCUCCUUUUCUUUCCCCAAUUCUCUCAAUUCUCUUUGAUUCGUCAUCUUGUUUAAUAGAAGUAUUUCUUCUUUCCAAAAUCUAUUAUUCACAAAUGUUGUUUUGUAAAUCAAAAACCCGUUUCCAAACCCUAAUUAGUCAUCGUUAUCUUUAUUCUUUAGUUACUUUCUAAGUUGCUUUGAUUUUAAUCAAAACUCGGUUAUUUUUUGCUUUAUCGGGUUCAAUAUCUGUUUGCUAUUCUGUGGGUGAUUUCAUCAAUUGAAUCAUGAAUUCAAACCCUUCAUCCAGCUCUGGAGGUGCUGGAUCAGCCGAUCCUUCUGCUGGUAGAAGAAAUUCUAAACGACCCAAGUAUUCGAAGUUCACCCAGCAGGAACUUCCAGCUUGCAAACCAAUCUUAACUCCUUGUUGGGUGAUUUCUGCUUUCAUGGUUGUCAGCAUUGUUUUUAUUCCGAUUGGAGUUGUUUCGCUGUUUGCAUCUCGUGACGUUGUUGAGAUUGUUGAGCGCUAUGAUGAUUCUUGCUUACCACAACUCUCUAAAAAUGAAAAAAUAAGCUACAUUCAAGGACCUAAAGAUAAAACCUGCAAGAGGAAACUAAUAGUGCCGAAGCAUAUGAAAGCACCAAUUUAUAUUUACUACCAGCUUGAUAACUUUUAUCAGAACCAUCGAAGGUAUGUGAAAAGCCGAAGUGACAAGCAAUUGAGGCAUAAUAGCAGUGCUGCUGAUGUUAGCACUUGCAAACCAGAAGAUAUGGCAAAUGGAAAACCAAUUGUUCCAUGUGGUCUCAUAGCUUGGAGUUUGUUCAACGAUACCUACAGCUUUGCUUUUGAGAAUAGGAACCUUACUGUCAACAAGAAGGGAAUUUCAUGGAAAAGCGAUAGAGAUCACAAGUUUGGAAAGGAUGUCUUUCCACAGAACUUUCAAAGUGGAGGCCUUAUUGGUGGUGCACAUUUAAAUGAAUCUAUUCCGCUUAGCGAGCAAGAGGAUCUCAUAGUAUGGAUGAGAACUGCAGCUCUCCCUACUUUUAGGAAACUGUACGGGAAAAUAGAGCAGGAUCUGCAACCAAACGAUGUCAUUAGUGUCACUUUGCAGAACAGGUACAACACUUAUCUCUUCAAUGGGAAGAAGAUGUUGGUACUCUCUACCACAAGUUGGCUUGGUGGUAAAAAUGACUUCCUCGGCAUUGCCUACCUUACUGUUGGUGGCUUAUGCUUCUUUUUGGCCAUGCUAUUCACUCUCAUUUAUCUUGUGAAACCAAGACGACUCGGGGAUCCUUCAUAUUUGUCAUGGAACAGAAAUCCAGGUGGUAGAUAAUCAUUUACUGAACCUUUGAUUGAUGUUGAAGAAGGUUGGUUUUGUAAAUUGAAAUACGGUUGGUAGUGUUGUAAUUGUUAAAACGAAUGAAAUAUCAAGUUGAAGUCUUGAGCAUGGUUUAUGGGAUUAUUAUGAGAUAAAUUUUUGAUGUAUAAUUUAAUGAUUAGAAAUCCUUUUUUUUCUCCAUACAUUUUCUAUAUUUUCAUUCUUCUCUCUUUUCAAAUUUUAAUUUCUUUCGCACGUUUAUAUCUCAUGUCAAGGAACCAAUUCAACCAAAAGCUUAAGUUGAUGGUUGAGGCCUCAAGAUACGGUCUCUGAUAAAUAUUCAAACUUUAAAAGAUGGAUGAUUGAGAUUCAAAUCCGUGUACAUUUGUCACGCUGGUUUUGAUACUAUGUCAAAGAACCAACUCAAUUAAAAGCUAAAUGUUUCAAUCCAUAACAAGAUGUUAAUCAAGAAAAAGAAAACAUAUUAAACUCAACAGUUUACAUAGAGCAUCAACUCA